AUGGCAACUAACGUUUAUUCAAAAGAUGAAAAUCAAUGGUCGAUUUUUGUAUCAAAUAUUUCUUAUGAUACAAAUGAACAGGAACUUCAUUCGUUCUUCGAGAAAGCAUGUGGCCAUGUUAAAGUAGCGCGCAUCAUUUAUGACAAUCACACGCGUCGGAACCGUGGCUUUGGUUUCAUAGAAUUCGAUGAUUUGUCGGCAUAUGAAAUGGCAUUGACACUCAAUGGAAAUUCACUAAAUGGACGAAAGCUGAAAAUUCGUCACAACAAAUCCAAACCUACUCCUCUCCCUGAUUCUUCAACGAAAUCUACUACUUUUACUGUUGCACCCGAACCAGCGAAUGUCAAUUUGACAAACGCAAGAAAAACACAUGUUGUGCAUUGUAAAAAAUCGAAUUACGACGUGUACAUUGGUCGACCUUCGAUCUGGGGUAAUCCUUUCAAAAUUGGUCGAGAUGGUGACAAAUCAGAACGCCUUCAAAAGUAUCGUGAAUGGAUCAUGACUCAACCAGAGCUGCUGGAACGUGCGAAACGGGAACUUCGUGGCCGUACGAUUGCUUGUUGGUGUAAACCAGAAGCAUGUCAUGGCGAUAUUUUAGCUGAAAUCAUCGAUACGAAUUGA